AUGACAACCACAAGAAGACUUCUCUUUCUUUUCACUCUCGUUAUUUUCUUCCAGAAUUUCACACAUGCGUUCUCUUGUUAUUCCUCCGCCUCGAAUCGUCCAAGUCGACUCACUCAUGACACCUUGUCAACCUCAAAUAUCAUUCAUCGGAAAACUUCCAACACGACAGCUGCCAUUGUCACCUCUAGUUUCGUUCAAGCCAUCGACGCUGCCACUCGAGAUUUGGUCGCCACUUCUCAAUUUCAAGACAAAUUUUUCGAUUAUUUGCGAUUUCAAGUCCCGACUUGUGUGAAAGCAAAUACAAUUCGAUAUCCAUCGGGAAAUCCUUUUCAAUCGAGAACGAGUCUCAAAUUUUGCUAUCAAAUGGAAAAUGCAGAACCUUACACAAGUGUCUAUGAAAUGGUUGCACAGGGAAUUUUGGAACAAGUGAAUUCACACUAUUCGAUCUCGCUGACAAAACAAAUUAUUCUUGUGAAUACCACAGAUGGAUUUUUCGUUUCAUUGAAGAGAGCUGUGGAUGAGGGAGUGUGUGAUGUUGUGGUGGCGGAUGUCUCGUAUGUUUCCGAGCGCCUACCACUUGUCAAUUUUAUGUCAUGUCCUUAUGGUGCCACCUCAAUGGCAUUCCUCACCACCUCAAAAUCCUUAGGUGUUUCUACCGUCACCGAUCUCAACAGAAGUGGUCUAAAAGUAGCUACCUACGCUGGUACUAUCUUUGAAGAUUACAUUAAAAAGAAUUUACCACUCGCCACCGCACUCGCUGUCGGAUUCGAUGAACAAUUCGAAAUGGCCACUUCGAAAUCAGUCGAUGCCGUUGUUGCCGAUGCAGUGGAUUUAAUGGUUUGGAUGAGCAGGAAUACGACACAGUGUCCAGAUUGUACUGUAAAGAUUUUUGGAGAUCCAAGUUAUUUUGGAGCUUUUACGGCGAGAGUGAAUACAGCUGGUUCGAAAUUGGGAAACGUUUUUCUCAUCAUACUAGUGAGUGUGUGGAGCGUGAUGGUGUUAUUAUGUGGUGGACCGCAUGUCUAA